AGACAAAUUACAAGAUUUCAAAAGACAGAAUAACCAUAUAAAGUGUUGAAAACAAGUUGCCAACUACUACUAAACACUUUCCAUUUAUAAAGUGAAUAUGAUGAUGACGAUGAUAUAUCAGCAAACCCGUUAAUCAUCUUUUUCAUAAAUAAGUGGGGGCUUUUUUAUUUAGUAAAGGAAACAAACAACCCAACAAUCUCUCUGUUUCACAAAUUUUGUAUUUUGCAGCAGAUCCCACUUCUUGACUGGCAUUAUCCAUUCCUGGGCUUUUCAUUUUUACAAUUCUUGGAGCACUCAUUUGAAGAUUUUUGGGUGGUAGGAAUAGUAAUUAAAUUUGUUGCACUCACUGGAUUUUAUGUGGAUGCAAGAGUGUUGAAUUUCUGUGGCCAACCCGGGCGGUGCUCCUUCCCCAGAAAUGAAAUGCUCGACUAGAAGAGAGUUAAAAGAUGACAACUACAAGAGAGAGCAUAGUCUCAAGGGUGGAAUAUUAAUUAGAGAGAAGGAUGAGGAUCUUGCCUUGUUUAAUGACUUACAAAGCAUUGAAGCAGACAAUUAUUUACUCCAGUCAGACGACGAUUUUGAAGACGCAUGUGCCACAAAAUUGAGUUACUUUUCAGAUCGUAAGCUUGGAAUAUCUGUUCCCAUUCAAGGAGAAAGCAGCGAUAUAUUGAAUGUCGGGGAAGAAAAAAAUGAUUAUGACUGGUUAAUAACUCCUCCAGAGGCUCCUCUAUUCGAUUUCCUUGAUGAUGAGACAGAAUCUCUUGAUCUUGCACAGAGAGGCAGACCUCGAAGUUUACCUAUUUCAAUUUUAGGAUCCCCGAAGAUAGAGAGAAAUCGCAGAAGCAGUAAAGGUAGCUCUAGUCCAAAUCGUUUAAGCUCAUCUCCUCGGUCUGGAAAUAGUACAGUUCAAAAGAGAGGCGGGACAUCUUUAACAACUCUAUCAAGUCCAACCCCCAGUUCAAGAAGAUCAUCUUCUCCCCCAGGUAAACCCUCACCAUCUGCUCCAAGGUCAAGUAUGCCAACUCCUCAAAGGUUGAGUACGAGUUGUAUCAGUGGUUCAAGAGGUACAUCCCCUGUUAAGACAAGUAGAGGGAAUUCUGCCUCACCCAAAACAAGAGCCUGGCAGUCCAACAUUUCAGGGUUUUCUUUGGACGCACCUCCUAAUCUUCGUAGUUCGUUGGCUGAUCGGCCUGCAUCCGUUGUAAGGGGAUCCUCACCUGCAUCCAAUAAUGGCCGAGAUUCUUCCACCAGAUCUAGCAGACAUUCAAUGUCUCCCAUUGCUUUUAGAACUGUCAGUUCAUCUCAUAGUCAUAUUCAGGACCCUUUUAGUUCCCAUGCAAAAGAUGUAGUUGUAUCCUCUGAUGAUUAUGACGCAGAGUCCCUAUUAUCCAUUUCAGUAGGUACUUCUGAUCACUCGCCGGCCAAGAGGUUAGGCUCACUUGCAAAUAGUAGAGCUCCGACCUUUUCAAAGAAGCUACCCCGAGCAGGUGUCUGUAAUUCUACUUCAAAAAGAUCCUUGGACUCUGAACUUCGACAAAUGGAUCGACGGAAGAGUCCACAAAAUAUGUUCAGGCCUCUGUUAUCCAGUGUCCCUAGUUCAGCCUUCUAUGCUGAAAAAACAAGUGUUGUAAAUCAUGCAAUUACAUCUAGAAACUCGGUGACAGCUAGUAGUAUGACAAGCUCUGACCCAGCUACUAGCAGCACAGGUUUUACUGAAGCAAUCGAGAAGAACCAGGAGGAAAAAAUUAAUGAAUGUGUAGAUACUCCAUAUCUGGAUGCUCAGGAUGAUGUUUUCGCCUUCGAUAAGGAUGACCCCUUAAGCGAAGAAAAUGUUCAUGGAACCCAAGAUGAAUCUCUGAGCUCUCAUAAUGGCGAAUGUGAGGGAGGAGGUGUGGUUGACUGUAAUAUACAAGCUGGCUUAGAAUUUCAAAGUAACCAUGAUACCGCUGUGUCAGCUGCUGUCAAUUCUGAAGCUUUUGGGGUCAAAGGUGCUGCUUUGGAGGUUGAUGGUCAUGAAAACUUGGUACUCUGCACGAAUUGUGGACAACUGUAUAGUAGCAAUGAAUCCUUACUAGAGUACUUUACACUUUGUCCCGACUGCCGUUCAGAUGUGUUGAUGAUUGAUAACAGUAUUGCAGCAUCCACAAUUGUUACUGAGAACUCUCCAAGAGUGUCUACAGUGACUUUGAAGCCUUCAAAAUUAAUUGAUGCAGUGGAUUCUGCUAUAGCUGAACCCAAAUAUUCAGGGGUUUCUGGCAUGGUUGAACCAGUGACCAGCCAACAUGAAGAUAUCGUUGGGCAAAGUCGUACUUCCUAUGAUGAGUCAAUCUGGAACUUCUUGUCCACAGAUUUCCUAUCGAGGACACCAGUAGAAGAAGGUGAUUCAAGACAUGCAAACCAGCAAGUAGCUGGUCCAUCUAUUGCUAGCUAUUGUCUGCCAGAUGGCAACACAGGAGGUCAGCAUAUGCAGCAAAAUUUUGAAAAAUCAACUGUUAAAGUUGAUGCUUCAGGAGGAGGAGCAGGCAUUUAUGUACCAUUAAAUAGGUCAAGCAGUUGCAAAGCAUCAUAUGUACAAAGCAGGUCCUUUACAGCCAGCAGUUUAUCUUUUGAUGACCCGUCAUAUGUGAGAGAUAGUGCAAAUAGUUCUCGAGUUUCUCAUGGGCAUGGUAGUUUAUCUGCAUCAUCUUCUGUUGAUUGGGGCUCAUGCAGACGAACUAAUACUCGUCUUCAACGACAGUCAAGUGGUAGAAAAUCUGGUGUUGAAAUCAACAAGUAUGACAAAGGCGCGACUCACAGAAGAACCAGGUCAUCUCUAUCUAGAAUUUCAAAUGAUGGUUUUCAACCAUCAGGUCUCGCAACAAAUAUACCUGACUGUUCUGAUAGGUCCCUUACACAAGUGCAAUCUGACAUGAACAUAACAUUAACAGCUACGGAUGAGCUGCUGCUAUCUUCACGGAAUAUUGGAGAGGAUGAUGCAUGCAAUGUUUCAGAAACAAAUGAUAGUUGCAGAACGCUGAAUAUUUUUGCCACAGAAUCUUCAAGCCAUAUACUACAAAUGGAUCUAGAGGGCAGACAAGAUACUCCAUUUACAACUUCGGAAGGUUCUAUUUCACCAGACAAUGGAAAAGACCUAUCCGACAAUAGGAAGAAUGUUGGGGAUGUAGAAGCAUUAACCAAUCAUGUGAAGUGUUCCAUCAUAGUUGAGGAGACUACGCCCAGUUCGUUUGUUGAAAAGGUGAAAGUUACUGAAGUUCCUUCCCAAAGCUUAUUGGAGAUGGAAACUGAGACAAAAAUAGAGAUUGUUAAUGAUGGUUCUAGUGGUGCACAAUCUGAUGCUGUGUCCUUAGAUUCGAAAAGGAGCUUUGAUGAGUAUCAAGAAUCUCAGUCUACUGCCGCAGCUAAUAAAGUUACCACAUCAUUGCUUGUAGGAUCUGAUGUUUUAGAUCAAAAAAAUUGCACCCCGGAAAGCAAACGUGGAUCUAAAGCUGGAAGCAUGAUACCGGGUGAAGUGACUGAUACAAUACUCUUCUGCAGUUCUAUUAUUCAGAAGAUAUCCUAUGAUGCUGCCACAAUUGCAGUAGAAAAUGAAUUUCCUGAUCUGGUUGAAGUCUCUCGGCCAAUGGUAACUAUGUUGGGGACAAAAGGUCCUGAAAGAAAAGAUUCCCGUGAAAGAAUUAUAGUUAAGCGCACUUCAAAGCCACAAAGGGCUAAGCGGGUGGAAGCAGAUUUAAAACCUCCUAAUAGCAGCAAUGGGGAAGAAAAUGCUGAUGCCACUAAAACUCGUAUUGUUGGUGUUUCUAACAUUGAUGACGGUAAUAUGAAAGCACCUACAAAGUUGGAGUCCAAGUGCAAUUGUACAGUAAUGUAAGUCCACUUAAGCAUGCCCUUUCCGCAGCUGCCUAAUGAGCUCUUCAUCUUAAUUGGAAGAGAUGAAAGGGAUGCUCUAAAAUAUACAUUUGUGACUGGACGGAUGGUUGUCCAAGUGUGAUUUGUUGGUGCCCUUAGUAUAUUCAAAGUGGCAUCCUUUUGGUGACGUAUUCAUGUAAGAGUUCUCAGUCCUCAUAUAACGAGGCAUUGUGGGCUUUUAGUUAUGUAUGCAUCUUACACAGCUAGAGGAAGGCUGAGAUUUCUUUUUAGGGAUUGGGUGGAUGUUGAUUCGUCCCAAGCAUCUCAUCCCUUUUUCUUUUGGCGGUGGCUUUGGUAUGUUCACUGCCUAAUUAUUUAUUUGUUGUUUGUAUUGAUAUACGACUAGUCAAGAAAUAGGUGAGGAGUAAUGCAGAUGUUGUGUAGUACUGGCAGUGUUCCCUGUGAAUAUAAUGGUCCUCUGUUGAGAAUUUUUGCCUGAGCAAAUUUUCUGCUAACGAGGAACAAACGUGUAACAACUUGAAAACUAGUCCAAAAUAUGAAUUAUAUGUAUACAUAUUUCCAAUA